AUGGAGAAACUCGAUGCAAAAACCCUAAUCUCUAACUCCAACACAUUCCGCAUAGCCGAUCUUGGUUGUGCAACUGGACCAAACACAUUCUUUCUCAUCGACGACAUCAUCAAAUCCGUUGAAACCACCUUAGGAUCGAACUCCCUAAAGACCACAAAACCAGAGUUUCUUGUCUUCUUCAACGACCUCCCCAAAAACGACUUCAACACUCUCUUUAUCUCUCUCCCUCAAGACCGGAGUUACUUUGCCGUUGGAGUCCCUGGCUCGUUCCACGGCCGUGUUCUUCCAGAAUCAUCCGUUCAUAUGGUAGUGACUAUGGGUGCCACACACUGGCUAUCGAAUGUUCCGAAGGAGGUGAUGGACAUAAGCUCCAAGGCGUGGAAUAAAGGAAAGGUUCACUACUCGGAUGCGCCGGAGGAAGUGGUGAAGGCUUAUGAAGAGCAGUUUGGUCGGGACAUGGAGAAGUUUCUAGAAGCUAGGGCUAUAGAAAUAGUGAGUGGAGGUCUUUUGGUUGUUGGGAUGUGUGGGAUUCCUAAAGAGAUGCCUUUCUCCAAUCUUGCCGACAGUAUCAUGUAUUCUUCCAUGGCUGAUGUUCUUCUUCAAAUGCAAUUCGAGGGUUUGAUCAGCGAAGAGCAAGUCGAAACCUUCAACAUACCGAUCUACUCGGCAUCACCUGAGGAGGUAACGGUCUUGGUAGAGAAAAAUGGCUGCUUCACUGUCGAGUCUAUGGAGCUGAUGGACCCGACAGCCUGGCUUAAAAGGCCAAUGAACGUGGAGGACGUGCAGCAAUGGAUGGUUUGCAUAAAGGCCACAAUGGGAUCUCUCUUCAUCAAUCAUUUCGGUGACCAUCUCCUAAAUGACAUUUUCGACCGUCUCACCGCCAAACUCGCUGGACUCACCGAGAAAAUUGAAUCUAGUUACCGUAAGAAGGUCAUGCUGUUCUUUGCUUUAAAACGGAAAUGA